AUGUGUGAUCGCAGUCUCUACAGAUCUGGCUACGUUGGUUCUCUCCUGAACUUGCAAUCUCCAGAUUCCUUUUAUUUUCCUAAUUUGCGGGCGAAUGGCAGUCAAUUGGCGGCUCUGCCCACCAUUUCCUACCCCCGGAGCUCGAUCCCCUGGACUUGCUCAAGUUCGUGCGCAGCCCAGCCGCAGAGCCACGCGUUCAGCGGCGCGGCGCAGCCUUACCUCCCCGGCUCCGUUCCAAUCAACAUCAGCUCCAACGGCAACAAAGAGUGCCUGGAAGACAACAAUAAAUAUUACGCCCACGAUGCGAGCUCCAAACAAGAGGAGAGAUGCAGGCAGAGGCAACCUUUUGCAAAUGACCCAACUGUUACUCACGCAGCCAACAUAAAGCCCGUAAAGUAUGACCACUCGAGCCUGCAGAGAAGUUUGCAUGGCUCGGCUGCUCUUUUUGAAGUGAAUUCCUGCACUUCCAGCUUAAAGGAGGACAUCAAGAAUUCCGUCAACUUGAACCUGACAGUUCAGCCCGCAGCAGUCCAGUCAUGCCUCAGACCUUCAGUGCAGGAUGGUUUGCCUUGGUGCCCCACCCAGGGGAGAUCAAGAAAGAAACGGAAACCUUACACAAAACAACAAAUUGCUGAAUUGGAAAACGAGUUUCUCCUCAAUGAGUUUAUUAACCGACAGAAGAGGAAAGAACUAUCAAACAGACUGAAUUUAAGCGAUCAGCAAGUUAAAAUUUGGUUUCAGAACCGGCGGAUGAAAAAGAAAAGAGUAGUAAUGCGAGAGCAGGCGCUUUCUAUGUACUAG